GUUCACCAUGGCGUCCCCCCAAAAGCAAGACACUGACCUGCGACGUAUGGUGGAGUCGCUAACGAGCACAGUGGCCUCCCUAGUACAGCGGCUGCCACCUCUCCCGGCGGAGGAGGUUGCGAUUGAAACGGAGUCGGUGGCUGAGGAGCGCAACGACGAGGAUUUCCCCACCGGGGACCCCCCGCAGUCGACGCAGUUGCAACCACCCACCCUUCCCAUCCCGGAACACGAAGACACUGUCUCUCCAAACGAUUGGCUGACAGGCUUGUCAGGCGUGGGGCCCCGGGAAACCCCACCUGUGCUAAUGGAGUUCAUCCGAAACCACUGGGGCCCCGAAGGCCGCCAGGAGCGCUGCAGGAAGGCCCUGGCGGACUUCCCGCGACGUAAAUUGGCAAUGUUCGCAGUGCCAGAACUGAACCCCGAAAGGCGGGCCCUGGCUCGGGAGGCGGCCAGGAGACUAGGUUCGACGGAAGGUGACCAGGAGACUGGGGGAGUUCACCACCGGGACCAGGCACUCCGCGACGCACAGGCAGCGGUAGUGUCUGCGGUGGGGCCCCUGGUUGCCCUCCUCGAACGAUGUUUGGGGGCGGGCCAGGAUGCCUACGACCCCCUGGGGGAGGGGCCAGGCGAUACGAGGGUUGAGCGCCGGGUCGUCGCAGACCAUUUAGCUGCCGCCCUCUCCCACCUGGGCAGGCUGUUCGCCUCCCUCGGGCCGGAACGCCGCGAGAGCGUCCUGACCCGCAUCGCCCCGGACCUGCGCUCCAUGCUGAGCAAGGAGCUCCACCUAGAAGAAGAGGGGGCCACCCACCUGUCCGGAUCCGGGUUCCUAACUCAGCUGAGGACCAGGAACGAGACCUACAAGGUCUUCCGAGAGGCGCGCCAGGGACCUUCCAGGAGCCCGUCGGAGGGACCAGCCCCAAAGCGGAGCCGCCUGCUGGGCCCCAGCACGUCGGCUUCCCGCACGGACCAGCCGCCCUUUCACGGCAGACCCUUCCCUGGGGGACCACAGGGAAGGGCAGUCAGAGGUUCUCGAGGUAAGUCUACACACUCCGUCCCCGUUGCCGGCAGGGAAACUAGCUGUUUGCCAACAAGCGUGGUCUCUACUUACAAGGGAUCCUUGGGUCUUGCAGACAAUUACAGGUUAUCAGCUCGAGUUUUCCAAAAUUCCCCCGCAGACAAUCCCCCCCUCCGACAGUCAGCUCCAGUCACACCCGCAGGCCUCACUGCAGGUUUUGAACGAGUUAUUGCACAAAGGGGCCGUAUCUGCCAUCCCGGUUCACGAAGCUCGCUUUCUGUCCCCUUUCCUGGUGGUCCCAAAGAAGGACUCCAGUUGGAGGCCUAUCCUAAACUUAAAGCACCUCAAUCAGUUCAUCCUCCACGAGCAUUUCAAGAUGGAAGGUUGGGACUCUGUGAAAGGUCUGCUCCUUCAGGGAGAUUUCCUGGUCCGAAUAGAUCUGAAGGACGCGUACUUGUCUGUCCCAGUCCAAGCGGGCGACCGUCGCUGGCUCUGUUUUCAACAGCGCGGCGUAUGCUAUCAGUGGAACGUGCUACCCUUCGUACUGAGGUCAGCUCCACGGGUCUUUUGCCAAAAUAA